AUGUUGCUUUACUUCGUGUCGGCUUCUUCUUCUUUCAGACGCAACGCAUGCUUCACACAUUUUUCACGAAAAUGUUGCUGGAGGUCACGGUGGAUGCGGCGAGCGGCACACCCACCAGCGCAGGCGGUCGCUCUCGUGGCUGUUACGGGGUCAGGCGGUUACGAGCGUCACAGCGGGACCUCUUCUGCUGCUGACUGUAACGAGUACCCUAAGAACGGCAACAAUGAGUGGAUUGUUCCAGACCAGAAGGAACCAGCAGCACUGGAAGCCCGUCAGGCGCAGUGGAAACGCGUCGCGCUGCUUGUCGUCCUCACUGCGUGCUGGUCCAUCAGCAGUGCACCGAGCGUGCAAGCGCUCGCACAAACCGUGCACGCUCGUUCCGGAGACAGGCAGACGCUUGCUCGAAGUGGCACGAGAGAGAAAAGUCGAGAGCAAACCGGGCGAAGGCGUUUGGUUUUACCUUCAGAACGAGCAUACCAAGAGUCUUUGGCCCGUCGGAAGCAGCGACAAGCAUUAGUACAUCGUACUACACGUGUAGUUGUUCCGGGCGCGUUACUGAUUGGUGGAACCGGUGGCGGCGUGGCAUGGUACUUGCGGCACCGGCAGCGGCGACGUGCCGCAGAAUUCGAGGAAUUUCUCAAAACGACGCUUCAGGACCUCGGUGGCGGACCAGACCCCGAUGAUGUCGAACUCGAAGACACGGAUUCUAGUUUUGAACUGAGUUCAGAUACCGUAGAACAGAAUAGACCAUCGACUGCAGACCCUAGUGCCGUUGCGAAGCGCAUUCACGACAGGGCCGAUCUCGCAGGGCGUCUACGUGUUGACCUAUCCACAAAACCUGAUGUGGUUAUGCUCGACGGCAGCACGUUUCCAUCAGACUCGCUCGAGUAUCGCAUCCAUCGCUUUCUCUCCGAGGAUGCCACAGAGUCGGAGUCAUCCGAGGUGGACUUGACUGAAUCGCUCCGGAAGGCGCUCCAGGACGAACAGUGGACACAGGACAGAUUGUUGGCGGUCUCGAAUGGCUCCAUCACACGGAUUAUAUCGAAUGCCAUUGAAGAGAUGCGCAGACAGUCGCAGACAUUCGCUGCAUCGGAUUUUGGCAUGCAGAAGCUUUUGCAAGUCGUUUAUCGCUGCGACAUGCUUGCGACAGCAUUGCCCCCGGCAGAAGCGGAAGCGGCAUCUCCUACUUGGACAUCGAAGUCGAUGCCGUUUGCGCAGCGACUCCGUUACGCUGGACGUCAACGCAAUCGCCAAGACGUCCAGGAUCUCUAUCGGCGGUAUGUCAUACGGGCCUUGAUGCAAGAACAGCCCACCGAUGAACGAGAGGCAGGUCCAGUCGAUCUGAGCCGCCUGGAGAAAACCAUGAGCUCGCUCGCUAUUUUAGAACGUAUCCUACGCAUUGACGAAGCCUCUGCGACUAGCAUCAAGGACGAAGCGGCUCGAUUUGUGUUUCAAAUGGCGGUAUCAGCAACCUUUUCGAAUCCCAAUGCCUCUGUAGACGAGACCUAUCUCCAGGAUCUGAUGAAAUUGCUGGAGGGUUUGCUUACCCCAGAGAUCGCGGAACGUAUACGUUCGGAGGUUGGUAUGAUGCGCAUCCUCUACGAUAUUGAGAAAAUGGUGAAAGAGGGAAACAUCACGCGCGAGGAUAAGCGCGCCUUGCGUACGCUCUGCACACAACUGGGUUUCAACGUGCAGGACUUCUUGGAGAGCACGGCGCAGUUGAAGGAAGUACUUGGAGCGGAGGGAGAACGCUACGCGCGUCUCUUUCAACAGAUUUUUGGCGAUGAUAACGAUGAAGACGGCGGCUCGGAGCGCUCGAACAGAGGUGAAUUGUCGGAUUCAGAGACCACUGACACACAGGCCGUCCGGAUGGACACUUCCUCUGGCAGCCCCUAG